ACGGCACUCGAGUGAGUAGUUUUGCUGGGAUUGGGUGGGAUUUCUGUUGAGUGAGGAUAAUUUGGAAUUGUCAUUCCUGAAUUGUUAAUGAAAGGAUUUAGAGAGUUGCAUGAAAAAAUAAUGUUAUUCAUGUAAUUUAAUGUUUUGAAGAUGGGAGUAUCGUAAUAAAGACGAUUUUGUGGAUGGCUUUCUUUCACAUUUGAAUCCCCGUUUGGAACAACGUUUGUUUUUGGUGACGUUCCGUUUAUCCGUGUGUACACAUACAAAUCGCGUUUGUCGUGAAUGUGAAUUGAUCAAAGAGAUACACAACAGCGAAAAAAAUAAUUGGAACUGGCUGCCUGUAGACGGGUGUGAUACUGAUAAUGAGUCACUAAUCAUUUGAGCCUAGCCGGGGACGGUCGAUUCUUGGAUCUGUCCGUGAUUUUUUGUUUCUUUCUGAUCUGUGUGCGAUAUUGCCUUUUAACAUUACUGUAAAGUGUGAAAAGUGGGUCAGAGCUGCCGAGUGAUGGCAUAAAGAGAAAGUUUAAAAAUCUGCAGAAUAGUGCCUUUUUAGUGUGUAAUUUAAACAGAACGAGCUAUCUAAGCGAUAAGCGACUAAUAUCUUAUCGAUACGUAACUUCCAAGAAGUUGAGAGCAUUGCCUCGCCAUGGCGGCAUACUUGAACAACCAGCAACAGGUUCAGCUUCCUCCCCACGAAAUCAUUCCCCUCCAGCGAAUGACCACCCGGGAGGAACUCGACGAACGGCAACGCAUCAGGGACAUUUUCGAUAAGUAUGACCGGGAUCACACCGGCAACUUAUCGGUUCAAGAGCUCAAGCGGAUGAUCAACAGCCGACGAUGCCCGGAUCUGCCCAAAGGGUUCGCGAAAAAGCUGAUGAAGGCUGCAGACCAUAACAACGAUGGAUAUCUUGACUUUGAAGAAUUUUAUCAAAUGUCCCGCGAGCACAACUAUCUCUUCCGGGAUAUGUGCGUUCGGUAUUGUCGACUUGUGGUGCCCAGCCGGAAUCCGGUCGCAGCCGAUGAACCAGAUGGCGAGUACGAACGUAGCAUGACAUUUUGGCCUCCCCCAUUGACCAUGAUAGUGUUCUCGAUAGUGGAGAUUAUUUUCUUCGUGAUCGAUAUCAUCGAAACUAACAACCAACAAGGAACCAGCACCUCCGGACCGAUGGCGACUCUCUUCAUCUAUAGCCCACAGCUCCGAGAGCAAGCUUGGCGAUUUGUGACUUACAUGUUUGUCCACAUUGGUUUCAUGCACAUAGUAAUGAAUUUACUGGUGCAGAUAUUCCUCGGAGUUGCCCUCGAGCUCGUCCACUGUUGGUGGCGCGUGGCCUUAGUCUAUCUGGCGGGAGUGCUUGCCGGCUCUAUGGGAACGUCCAUCUUCUCGCCGAGAGUAUUUCUGGCCGGUGCUUCCGGUGGAGUUUACGCCCUCAUAACUGCCCACAUAGCCACAAUUAUUAUGAACUGGGGCCAAAUGGAGUACGCCAUCGUGCAGCUGUUUGUGUUUCUCGUGUUUUGCGUAACGGAUCUGAGCGUUUCGAUCUACAACAGCAUUUACGAUCCGUUCGAUAAGGUCGGCUACAUCGCGCAUGCCAGCGGAGCGUUGGCCGGAUUUUUGGUUGGCAUCGGAGUGCUUCGGAACCUGAAGGUUAACCGUUGGGAGAGAUACCUGUGGUGGUGUGCGGUGACAAUCUACUUUAUGCUCAUGGGCGCAGGCGUGCUGUACCACAUCUUCAAUCCCGAUCACUUUUAUCCCGUUUUUGCUUAAGAGCGUUAGAUAUGAUCUACAAAUUGCUGGCACAAUAGAUAGGGCUAGGAGCGUACAAAAGUUUAUGCAAAGGUAAUUUAGGUGGCACUUUUAUACACUACUGUAACAGUUCAAGUGCCUUUAUGUCCAUAAUUUUAAGCUUGAACAUUACUUUUAUCACUGUAAGACACAUACUUCAAGUAUUGAGCGUUGCUACUUUUUAUAAAAAUCUACUUAGAAUAAACUUCAAUAAUUGUGACUGAGAGAAAACAUAUUUAUAAUCUGAAAACAAAACGCUGUCUAUCGCAAAACUUAUAAAUUAUGAAGACCAAAAGUGAAGAGGUGUUUCAUUAUUUUCUAAGGAAUCAGUUAAGUAUAGAUUUCAAAAGCAUUUCAAUAAACAUUAUAAACAAAA